CAUAACACGUUACAUAAUUGUGUUUGCAAACUUGUUUCUUUUAAAUUUGUAGGCUUACUUCAACCUAAGAACCAAUGGCGUACUUAAGUAAUAUGACAAUUCAAAUAAACGGGAGUAAAGCUUGGAAUGAAACAGCGAAAACCGACUCACAAGAAUUACAGGGUCUCAAGUGGAUUUCCUUGAUUAUUCUUCUUGGAAUACUAUUUUUCAACCUUUUGGUGGUGGUGCUACUGAUUUCAAGAAAUCCUAAAUCAAGAAUGCGAUUUUUCGUAACGAACCUAGCUAUUGCGGAUUUUUGUGUAGGGGUAUUUUUUGUACUACCUGAAACCUUAUUUAAUUGGUUUGAUGUUCCAUGGAAUCCCUACGUGUGUUAUAUAUACUAUGUGUAUUUUUCAAUGGUUCCAUUCUAUGUGUCAACAUAUGCAAUAGUUGUGUUAUCAGUUGACCGUGCAUACGUUAUUGUUAAACCAUUGGCAGCGGCUUCUAAGGGGAAGCUAUACCGUUAUGGACUGGCAUUGUCGGCAUGGGUUAUUGGAUGUAUCCUUGCAAUUCCAUACGGAGUGUUUGGUACAUAUAGUGAAGAGGAAGUAUACUGUAUGCAUGAUGCGCCAAACUUAGUGUUCCUAUACGCAGAUCUCACCACUAUUAUCAUACUACCAAUCGUAAUCAUAAUAUUAUGCUACAUUGUCAUCAUUAUUACAAUACGUGGUCGGGAAAGAAAUGGAUUCUUACUACGUGGUAAAAACAAUGAUUCUGAUAAUGGUUGUGAUACAAAUGUGAGAAAUAGAAGCAUUUCAAAGGCAAAGAUCAGGACCAUUAAACUACUAUGCGUUGUUGUAUUUGCAUACAUUAUUUGCUGGGCUCCAAUUACAAUCGCUGCAGUCAUAACACACCAUGGUAUAGCAGAAUAUGGGCUUUGGUUUCAGAUACUCUAUUUACUAGCUCCGGUAAACAGCCUGGCUAAUCCUUUAGUAUUUCUUAUUUUCAACCAGAAAAUGUUUCGUUCUCAGUCGAAAAAGACGAAGAAUAAAGUAUUUAGUGGAACAACUUUUAAAACCGAAACAGAAACAUUAUCAUUGGGUAGCUAGAUUUAUUUUUUAAGCAUGAUUUCUCUAUAAACAGAUGAUAUGAUGGGCCAUUUCAUUAUCUAUGUGAAGAGUAUAAUAAAAAACAAUAUGGCAUAUAUUUUUUUGAGCAUUGUUAUAUGUUGAUAAACUCAUCAUAAAUACCAGGCUUAACAUUUUGUACGCGGGCGUACGAUUUGACGACAAAAAACUCCUCAGUUUAGCUAAAAAAACAAUGAAAGAAGUUCAGGCCCAAGAACGACGGAAGAUUAAUCAACAAACAGUAAUGAUACACUAAAGAAUACUGUGGUGAAGUGGUUAACGCAUCGGACUACCAACACAAAGAUUCCUAAUCCGAUUCCCGUUUCGGUUAGAAAAUUUUAAGGAUUUAGUUUUCGGCUUUCCAUUGACACCGUUUACGAAUAUAGUCUUGAGAAACGAUGAUAAAUUGUCGGAAGUGGAUGAGAAAAGACUGACUCAUGUUAGGAGAGAAAUCACAUCUCACAACUACCAAUAGAUCUUCAACGUAGCGAGCAAAUCCCGCAUCCAGAGUUGGACUUCAGCUGGUCAUUCAACAAUGUGUAUUAGAAUAAAUGAGUAUUCUCGAUUUAACUUACCUAUAAGUGAAUUAAUAAUAUUUCAAAACAAAUGUCACUUUAAAUGACUUGAAAACAGUAUCGUUACUAUAGCCGUUGUGAAUAAG